AUGUCGGUGUGCACCCGUCACUUCCUCGAGGGUACAGUGUUUGAAUUACGAGGCGAGAAGAUGAUUCUUGUGGAAACCCUCGGAAGGGGCGGAUUCGGCACAGUGUAUAAGUUCUUCAAUGAAACAACCGACACUUUCUUUGCGGCCAAGAUGUUCAAGUCUUCAGAGUUUAACGAAUUUGCAGCUGAAUACUCGAAACUGAAGGUUCUUAAUAAUUUCGCGCAGAAAGAAAAUAGAGAAAAUAUUGUAAAAGUGUUCCAUUGUUUCGAAAAUCAGCGGCACUGCUUUAUUACAAUGGAAUUCCUCCCACAAGAGUACUCUAUUUUGAGACAAAAAUGGAAUGAGCUGGAUAUCUACACGAUUCGCCGUUUACUGUUCCAGUUGAUAGACGGUAUCUUAUUCUACUCGGCGAGUCCUUUUCACUUGGUCCAUGCGGACUUGAAACCCGAAAAUCUCAUGCUCAGAGGCAGCGAUUUGCAGAAUUUUCAAGUUGUCAUCGUCGACUUCGGGUUAGCGGAUCGACCUCACGUGUUCGGCGACAAAUUUGUGCAGACAAUGGGAUAUCGCGCACCAGAAGUGGUUUUCCGUAUGUCUUAUGGCAAACCAAUUGAUAUGUUCAGCUUUGGCAUUAUUGCAUUGGAAACUUAUUGUGGCGGUAAUAUUUUUGGAGCCACGUCGAACGCCAAUUCGAUCACUUUUAUGGAAUAUGUUCUUGGCCCAUUUUACGAAUGCCGUAAGCGAACCCGGGAUAAGACACUUCUGGUAUCUCUUCAAGAAAAUGCCGGCAAAAUUCCGCCCAGCUUCUCCCUGAAAGAGAUUUUUGGCAUCUAUGUGCCAGAAGAUGAGCAAAAAAGAGAAUGCGAAAUUCAAUUAUUGAAUCUUAUUGAGCAAGCGUUGGAAGCGGUGCCAAGCCGUCGUCUUACAGCCAAGAACGCGAACCGUGUCAAUGAUGAGAUUGCUACGCCUUCUCGAAGUGCCUCGGAUGAGCAACGCCCCAGCGACGCCGCACUAGAUCACACGGACGAAAACGAAAAUAACGACAAAAAGUCUGAAGAAGGGUCAAGCUCAAAUUCCAAUAGUCCUCUAGGGUCGUCAGAUGGUGAUGAGUGUCAAGACUCUUGCCCUGCCGUCAGACAAGAGGAUCUUAUUGAAAGGUCAUUCGAGAACGAGGGAAGCCUGUGGAUCAAACAUGGCGACGUAAUUAAUAAAAAAGAUUUUAUUUUAGAAAUACAGAAUGUUUUGGGCUCCGGCGGCUACGGUGUCGUUUAUUUAGUAGAAGAUCGCAAAAAUCGGAGGAAUGCUGCAAUGAAAGUGUUCGAGCCCGGCUUCGAUAGUUUUGCAGAGUUUGAAACUAAGUUGCUGAGAAUUAUAACAACGUGCCACGGGUUGUUUACAUAUCGUAAUCGUGCAUGUAUCGUUUACGAACUACUGAAAGAAUCAAACACGGUUUUCCAAUGUUUGGAUGGAAUUGAAAAACUUCGUUUAUUCAAGAAAACGCUGCACGAGAUCGCCACUACAAUCGAUUUUCUCGCUUCAAUCAGCUUGGUGCACGGAGAUAUUAAACCGGAUAAUAUCAUGUUCCGCUGCAACGGAACACAACUUCAAGCGGUUCUUAACGAUUUUGGAUUGUCGUAUUCGGCCGACAACAAGAACCGUCAACCACACACGAUGGGCUACACUGCUCCAGAAUUGCUUUUUAGAAGAUGUAACGGUCUUAAGACCGAUAUCUUUUCGUUGGGUGUUACUUGUGUAGAGUUUCUCACCGGAAAGAAUCCAUUUCGAGCGCGUUCGUAUGAGCAAUCCGUCAUUUUCAUGGAGAUGGUUCUAGGAUAUUUUUUCGAUUUUCAUUCGUUAGCCACAGAUCAUCAGUUCGAGGCCCGAUAUCAGCGACACCGUCAGCAAAACGGUUAUGUACAAUUUGGUUCGCGAUCUCUUAAAAGCGUUCUUAAUUUCACUGCCGGAAUUGAGGAACGGGAGAGAAUGCGCCUUGAGUAUUUGAUUAUGCUCACACAACUUGAGGUGGCCAGAAGAGUCAGGGCUGCCAUCUUGACAAAGUUGUUUGGAAGGAAGAACCCUUUAUUAACUCACAUCAAAUAUCGUGAGCGUUAUCAUUUUUCCAAAGUCUCAAGAUUUUUGCCAAAUAAGGACAAUUACACAUGCUUCCAUACCUUGAAUAAAGGAGAUGUCAUCGUUUCAAAUAGAUUCGAGUGUGUGGUUGACAAAAUUAUCGGAUAUGGAAAAUUUGGAAAGAUGUUCAGCUGCCAUGAUAGAAAAAGCCAACAGAAUUUUACUAUUAAAGUGUUCCAAAAUUCUUCCCUAGUUGAAUAUUUCACAGAGACCGGAUUAUACGUUGAUUUCAAAAAACUGCAAAGCCAUAGGAUUUUAGGGAUAGCAAGAGUGCGUGGGGCAAUGUCCUUUUACAACCACCCAUGCAUCGUGUUUGAAGAGUAUGAGUUCGACUUGGAGCAGUACAUUUAUUUAGAUUACCCGUUUGGAAUGAACUACUUAAUGUGUCGCAAUUACAUCUAUCAGCUAGCUGAAGCAUUGAACUUUGUUCAUAGCCCUCCAUUAAACGUCGUUAUUGGCAACCUUCGACCGUCCAUCAUUAUGAUGCGAAAAAUCGGAAAUGGAUGCUACGUGCCAGUCAUCACCGACUUUUCUUUGGCAUUCGAGGAAAGAGACGAUCCGCGUUUCAGAAACGAAUGUGACGGUUAUCAAGCCCCUGAAGUUAUGUUCCAAUAUUCUCCCGGAUGUAUUAUGGAUGUAUUCAGCCUUGGUGCAAUUUCUAUUGAGUUAUAUACUGGAAAGCGCGCGUUUGAAGGUCGAGGCAUUGCCGAAGUUGUGGUGAACAUGGAAGCGCUUCUCGGCGAUCUCACAAUGUAUUAUGGGAGGUUUGAAUAUCAAGAAGCCGAUGCCUUCAUCAAUCUUCUUAAUCAAGCAAAUGAGCGUUGGCCAUACAAAUAUCCGGGAUCUGAUCCAAUUGAAAAAUUAUACGGAAUGUACACGGAAGAGGAUGCAAUUGCACGCCCCGGUGAUCUCGCGCUUAUGAAAUUGACUCACAAAAUGCUGGAAUUAAGACCACACUUGCGUCCAACAUCCUAUGAUAUUUGGAAUGACCCGUUCUUUGAUAAUCUUCGCAAUUAA